AUGUCCCGCAAAGGGGUCGGCCUCGCGGCCUUCGACCGCUCCCGGCUCACCUCGGCGCAGUACGCCUCCCACGGUUCCAACCUGCGCAACACCAACGCCCAGGCCCUCGAGACCCAGCUCUCCGUCUUCCGCUCCCUCCUCCAGCAGUUCGCGCAGACCCACGCAAAGGACAUCCGCUCGAAUCCGUCCUUCCGAGCCCAGUUCGCCCGCAUGUGCUCUGCCAUCGGCGUUGACCCUCUCGCGUCCUCGUCAUCCUCGUCGUCCGGCGGCGCCGGCGGCUCUUCCUCGAUCUGGGCGCAGCUUCUGGGCCGGUCGGUCAACGACUUCUACUUUGAGCUGGCGGUACGCGUGGUCGAGGUUUGCAGCGCGACGCGCGACGAAAACGGCGGGCUGAUCGGCGUGCGCGAGGUGCGGGAGCGGAUUAUGAAGGGGCGCAUGGAGGGUGCGAGCGAGGUGACGGAGGACGACGUGCUGAGGGCCGUCGGCACGCUGAAGCCGCUGGGCAGCUCGCACAGUGUCAUCAAGGUUGGCAGCAAGUCGUACAUCCGGAGCGUACCGAAGGAGCUCAACACAGAUCAGAGCGCCGUGCUGGAGGCCGUUCAGGUGCUGGGAUACGUAAGCAUCUCGAUGCUGAUGGUCAACUUGCGAUGGCCCAGGGCGCGCGCCCAAACGGCGUUGGAAGAUCUGCUCGGUGAGGGUAUGCUGUGGGUGGACAAGCAGUGUCCGGAAUCCGAGUACUGGAGCCCCGGAUUCAUGGUGGACACUGGCGAGGCGUCGGCUGGGGAGUGA